AUAAAACAAUAACAGUUUUGGUGCUAGUGAAGAAUCCUCCCCCACCUUAUUUGCUAACCACUAUUUAACCCCCUUACCACCAACCUCUAACACUUUCCACCAGCCUAUUCUGCUAUGUACCGGAAGAUUCUUCACUAAUGCCUGUUUUUUUGUUAUAUCAUGAACUGAAACAGGAAAAAGCAAUAUAUAGGCUAUUCAAAAAAUAAAAUGUAAAUUAAUAGUUAAAAACUUGUAAACGGCAGUUAAAAUUCUGCAACUAUUCUUUUCAGUAUACUGGACCUUUUAAUAAGCAUUUUAAUUUAGUUUUAUUUAAAUUUACUUAAUCUUUCGUAGUGUCGUUUACCAAUUACAAAUGACAGAAUAAUAUAAACAUAACGUUGCGGUUACAGCAAAAACGCAACGCGGCAGUUGCAAUGAAUGAAUUACGUAUUGUAGUAAAACCAACAUGCAGAAACAUAUACUGCUAUUAAGCCUAUUCAUUCAUUUAUAUAUCUGAGUAUAUCUUUGCUUGUUUGUUCAACAAAUACAUUACAAACGAAGUAACGCUGUUUUACUUAUUACGUCAUAAUUAUUCGCGCAUUCUAGAUUCGAGUCGAACUUUGUUGCCUUCGUUGUAUAAACAAUGGGUGUCGCCAUAAGUAAUGGGCACGUCGGGGAAUACUGCCCUCUUUCCAAAUUUGCACUCUUGUAAAGCUUCUACUUGAAUUUGUGGGUUCUGCGCUAAGCAAUAUACAGACUUAUUCAUUUUAAAAUCAAACAUAACUAUUGAUUUAAUCGCUUCAAAACUACACUGUGUCAAAAUGACAGAAACAAUAACCAAAACACGAAACAAGAAAGUAAAAAAAACAAUAUUGUGACAUGUACGAUUUGAUCCAGGGUGCUAUUACAUAUGCGCUGACGCUACUAGGUAUAUGCACAGAAGGUAGUAUUUAAUAUUGGAAGAAAACGUUGGGAACAGCAAAAAAAGGAAAGAGAAACAUCACAACAAAGUUUCGGUUUCAAUACAAACAAGAAGAAUCGUGCAUUUUACAUUGUCGUAAAGAGGAUGUAAUUGACAAUAACUCAUAAAUCAGAACCACGAAUCGUUAUUUCCUUUGAAGUAAGCAAACUGCUCACAUUUCAAUAAAAUGUACGAGGUAUAGUCUGCGAACAAGUCUGCACAGCAAUGAGUGUUUUUAAAGCUCUUAUUUUCGCUCUCUUUCUCGUGUCGUCUCACUGCCAGCAUGGUCCUCGUCAAGUAGUGUUAUCUUGCGGAAAUGAUGCAACAGAACAAAAAGGAGAGCCGGGGUCUCCUGGAAAGCGGGGGCCACUGGGUGAACGAGGGUUACAAGGACCAGUGGGUCCAAAAGGGGAGACAGGGCAAUGUGACCCUAAUUGUAGAUCUGAGUACAAUGAACUUAAUGGAAGAGUUCAAAGAAUGGAAAGAUUAAUGGAAGUUCACUCUUUACCUAAAAGCUGUAGAGAGGCAUUUCUUUCUGGACAAAAUAGAAGUGGCUUGUACAAUAUAUACAACCCGAGGAACAGACAAUACCUUGAGGUUUACUGCGAUCAAACAACAGAUGACGGUGGUUGGUUGGUUUUCCAGCGAAGAACUGACGGGUCUGAGAAUUUUUAUCGAACAUGGGAGGAUUAUAAAGAAAAAUUUGGAAAUCUGACCAACGAAUUUUGGCUCGGAAUGGAACAUCUGCAUGCCUUGCUGGCAAUUGGAAGUUACGAGCUGAGAAUAGAAUUAAAAGAUUGUGCGAAUGUUCGAAAGUACGCUAAAUACAGUGUGUUUUCCAUCGGGUCAGAGCAACAAAUGUAUAAGUUAACAGUUUCUGGAUAUUCGGGUAAUGCAGGCGAUUCAAUGGCGUACCACAACAACCGGCCCUUUAGUACUAAAGAUAACGAUAACAGCGCUACAGGCAGGUGUGCAAUGACAGCGCAUGGUGCAUGGUGGUAUCAGCGAUGUUACGACUCCAAUUUAAAUGGUGCUUACCUGAAUUGCCAAACCACAACCGAUAGAGCAGCGAGCUGGAACACAUUUCACGGAACAAAGUAUUCCCAGGAAUUUAUUGAGAUGAAAUUCAGGCCCAUCUAGUUAAUCUUGGGAUUAGGCCGUUGUUGUGUAUACAUGUAGAUCAUAAUAUAGUCAUUUGCAAAUCACAGCUGUUUUUAAAGUUCUUUAACUAUAUCACAAAGCUAAUAUUUGUUCUGAAAAAGAAACCAUUUAAGUAAAAUUUAACAAAAUAAAGUCAUUCAUUCA